AAAAAAAGACCGAAACAAAAACUACAGAUAAUAUUCAAUGUCUAGCUAACAAUAUUUGAAGCUCUCUUUUCUUUUUCUUUUUCUUUUUCGUUUUUCCUUUCCCUUUUUUUAUACACCGUCGCGUCGCAAUAAAUAUACAUACAUCUUAUACACCUUAUAUACCUUAGUAAGCUCAAGAUACCAUGACCCGGAUGUCAUAGUUGGUUGUCCUCUAAACAAAAUGCGCCGUCACAUGGCAACAUCAACAGUGACGAGAGCUGCCUUCGCUUCUCGUUGUCGUCAUGCUGUCUCCCGUCCUAUAAUAUGUCAGUCACUAUUGGCACGCUCGUUUACUGCCUCCUAUCGACGACAUAGCGCAUUUCACUCCCAAUUGGAAGACCAAUCUUCCUCAACCAUACUUCCUUCCUUCAAAGCAACCUCUACCACGCCACAGACCUUGACUGAGAAAAUCGUCCAGGGAUACUCGGUUGGUCUUGCGCCAGGUAAGAAAGUGAAGGCAGGCGACUAUGUGACCCUCUCCCCCCAUCACUGCAUGACGCACGACAAUUCCUGGCCUGUUGCCCUGAAAUUCAUGUCCAUUGGCGCCUCCAAGGUUCAUAACAACAAGCAAAUUGUCAUGACCCUAGACCAUGACGUACAGAACAAGACCGAGACCAACCUGAAGAAGUACCAGCAGAUUGAGAACUUUGCUAAGCAGCAUGGCAUCGAUUUCUACCCUGCUGGAAGGGGAAUUGGUCACCAGAUUAUGGUGGAGGAGGGCUAUGCCUGGCCUGGCACCGUGACUGUCGCCUCGGAUAGUCAUAGUAAUAUGUACGGGGGCGUAGGAUGUUUGGGUACUCCCAUAGUCCGGACGGACGCUGCUAGUAUAUGGGCUACCGGAAAGACGUGGUGGCAGAUUCCUCCCAUCGCAAAGGUCACCUUUACCGGCCUUCUUCCCCCGGGCGUGACUGGAAAGGAUGUCAUCGUUGCCCUAUGUGGACUUUUCAACAGCGAUGACGUUUUGAAUCAUGCAAUCGAAUUUACUGGAUCAGAAGAGACUAUGUCGAGUAUUCCUGUAGAUCACAGACUUACUAUCGCUAAUAUGACUACCGAGUGGGGUGCUCUGACUGGUCUUUUCCCUAUCGACUCUGUUUUAAAAACGUGGCUUCGUGCCAAGGCUACCACAUCAGCCAUUACCGGUGACGGCGUUGCUCUAAACCAAUUCGCUCACACGAGGAUCGAUGACCUUAUCCAAAACCAACUGAUGGCUGAUCCCGGUGCCACGUACGCCAAGUCGUUGUAUUUGAACCUGUCGACUCUGUCGCCCUUUGUUUCGGGGCCUAAUUCCGUCAAGGUGGCCACUCCUCUUCGCGACUUGGAGGCAAGGAAUAUCAAACUCAACAAGGCCUAUUUGGUCUCGUGCACCAACUCAAGAGCCUCUGAUCUGGCCUCUGCAGCCAGUGUCUUCAAAGAGGCUGCCCUCAAUGGCAAUGAACCCAAGGUGGCCCCUGGUGUGGACUUUUACAUUGCUGCUGCAUCUCUCACGGAGCAAAAAUUCGCUGAGGAAAACGGUGACUGGCAAGUCCUCCUAGAUGCUGGCGCACAGCCUCUACCAUCAGGAUGUGGGCCUUGUAUCGGUCUCGGCACAGGUUUACUAGAGCCGGGUGAGGUGGGAAUUAGUGCGAGCAACCGUAACUUCAAGGGACGCAUGGGCUCUACCGAAGCCAAGGCUUACCUGGCCAGCCCUGAAGUUGUCGCAGCUAGCGCCCUACAGGGCAAAAUCGCUGGACCAGGUUGGUACCAGAAACCUGAAGGCGUCGAGAAAGUCAUCAUCGGUGAGGGCAAUGGCAACAUGGAGCAAGAUAAAGCGAUGAGUAUCGAAGACGCACUCGAGAAGCUUAUCGCACAGGCGGACAGUAUAAUAUCUGGAGCGGAACAAAACGUGAACGGCAGUGAAAUUUCGGACUCGCCUGAAGGUGAGGAGGUACUUACAGACAUUCUUCCCGGCUUUCCCGAGAAGGUGGAGGGCGAGAUUGUGUUUUGCGACGCUGAUAACAUAAAUACGGAUGGCAUAUACCCAGGAAAGUAUACCUAUCAAGACAACGUUUCCGUCGAGAAGAUGGCCGAGGUCUGCAUGGAGAACUACGACAAGAGCUUCCAAGAAAUUGCUAAGCCAGGCGAUAUCCUUGUCUCGGGCUUUAACUUCGGAUGUGGUAGCUCGCGAGAACAAGCCGCCACGGCCAUUCUCGCCAAGAAAAUCCCACUCGUGAUUGCAGGAAGCUUCGGAAAUAUCUUCAGUCGCAACAGCAUCAAUAAUGCAUUGAUGGGCGUUGAAGUCCCCAAACUGGUACAAAGGCUACGCGAGACAUUCAAAGCUGCAGGUGAGGAGGGGAAGAUGCUAACCCGGCGUACCGGCUGGAAACUACUCUGGGAUGUUAGGAGGAGCAAGGUCGUGAUCACCGAAGGCGAAGAUGGCCAAACAUGGAGCCAAAAGGUCGGCGAGCUGCCGCCUAACGUACAAGAGAUUAUUGCCCGCGGUGGCCUUGAAAAAUGGGUGAAACACCAAAUCUCGUCGGCAUAGAUAUUAACGACUGCCUUUAUGUACUAUAAGCCUGGCAUAUGAGGUAGGGUAGGUAGGUACAUACGUACAUGGGGCAUGGCAAAUUACCUAGUAGUAGGUAAACCAGCCCUAAAGAUGAACAAAGAAGAAAAAAAACGUUGUAAUAUGUACCUAUACAUAUCAUUUUCGAAGUUGAAUCUAAGGUUACAUACCU